UCUGCUCCCUCUUCAAGACGAGAGGAGUGCUCAGUCUGAAAGUUUAAACAAACCCGAGCAGGCGGCACGGAGCACACACUCUCUCUCUCUCUCUCUCUCUCUCUCUCUCACAUGCACGCACACACACACACACACACAUACAUACACACAUACAGCUGUGAUGUGUAAGGCAGAAUGAGAUUGAGAGGACACAUCCACACCUGAAGAGCAAAGGUCUCUGGAGAAGAGACAGCACUGAAUGAGACAUUAAGCAGUGAGGGUAGACGUAACCUCCAGACUGAAAGAUCCCCACCAGAAGUGACAGCUGACCCGAUGGAAGCAGCAACGCUGGCUGAGAUGGGAGACUUGUGUCAUCCUCACUCCUCCACCCCAGACGGGGAGACGGUGUGCGAGGCCCUAUGCCGUCAUGAGAACACCCUGAGGGAUGCCAUCAGGGAGAUCCACAUGGAUGUCAGCGCCUUUAAGCUUGAUAUGGAGCAUCGCCUGGAGGACGCUGUCAGUCUGAGCGAGACUCUUGGACGAGCUGUGGCUCAGCUCCAGCUGGAGAACCGCGAGCUCAGGGCUCAACUGCAAGCUGUGACACAACAAGUGGAGCUCCUCGGUGGGAUGACGUGUGAUCCAAGCAGCAGCAAGAAUCAUCUCAAUGACGUCCACACAAACCAGAGGGAGAUUAAGGAGGCCAUCAGUCAGAGCCAAACCAGCCUUGCGUCCCCCCCUUCCACCUACACAUCUUCCCCCAGCUCGAGCAGUCCGCCGAUCGGGUCAAGAGUUUCUUCCAUGGUGAUGAGUCCUGGUUGUAGUAGUAGCCCGUCCACUACUCGUUUCUCCAGUCGAGCCACAUUUGCUGUGUCCAACAAAACCAACAGUACUGAGCGAGAGGAGCCAAUAGAAGUGGAUCCAGCCCCGACACAUGUUGGACUUGAGAACGGACACACUGCAUCAACAGAACAUUCCUUGUUGGUAUCUGGAAAGAGGUCUCCACACAAUGACUUCCCUCAUGAGCACACAGCUCCAGUUGCCAUGCGAAUGGCCCACUUCCCCAUCACCGCUACCACCAAAACAGCAGAAGCCAAGGGCUCCUCCGACUCUCCUGGCAGCCCCAUUGCGUCGCAUACUUCUCCAGUCUUAGAAGCCUUCCCUCUUAGCCAGUCAGCUGCCAGCACAAUCACAAUCCAGCCUCAACCAAGAGCAGAGUCCCCAAUUCAACCAGUGUCUUCUGUGAAGACAUGGACCCCCAUCAGACCCGUGGGAAUCUCACAUCUUCAAGAAAAGGCAGGUUUGGCCCCUGCAAAAACUGUGACUUAUGCAGGGCUACCUCACCAUGACAGAAAUGAUGGCGAUAAAGGCAAAGACAGACCCUUUGGGCAGGGGGCAGAAAGGAGGCGAGAGCUGGUGAGGUCACAGACUUUGCCAAGAAACAUUGGGGGUCAGGCACGGCGCUCUAUCUUUGAGAGGUUGGACUCAGAAGCCAGUAACAGUCACCCCAAACCGGUGGAGUCCAAACCCAAACUGAAGCGUUCCCAAAGUUUUGGUGUUUCCAGUGCAAGCAGCAUCAAACAAAUCCUUCUUGAGUGGUGUCGCUCAAAGACAGUAGGCUACCAGAACAUAGACAUUCAGAACUUCUCAUCCAGUUGGAGUGAUGGGAUGGCUUUCUGCGCUCUGGUCCACUCCUUCUUUCCCACCGAGUUUGACUAUGAAUCCCUGUCACCGGCCAACCGCAAGCAUAACUUUGAAUUAGCUUUUGGAACUGCAGAAGUCAAGGCAAGCUGUGACCGGCUUAUCGAAGUAGAUGACAUGAUGAUCAUGGGUCGCAAACCAGACCCCAUGUGUGUCUUCACCUACGUCCAGUCCCUCUACAACCACCUGCGCAAGUUUGAAUGAACGCCCUUCUUUUUUGCAGGGGUCAGGUCCUGAGCAAUUGGUGCAUCAUAAAAGACUGGACUGCCCUCUUUUGGUGAAUUGGAGCACAGUAUAAUGUGUGUGCGUGCGUGUGUGUAAAUCCCAUUCAAUGAAGAGAAGUGUUAGACAGUGUGUUAUUUGUUUUAAAGUGUCAUUUUCCAACAAUUGUUGUUAUGAUUAUCACAUUUUGUGUACGUUAACUCAUAAGAACGCAGGCCCAUUUGUGCUUAAAAGAAAUGCGUGAUUUACAUAUAUGUUACAUUGUUCAUAUUAAAUGUAUUCCUUGUUUGAAAAUAAUAAGUUUUUUGUACUGAAUACCACAAACGUAUUUUGAAUGGAAAGAAAGAACAUAUAUUAAUUCAAAAUAAUUGCAAUUUAUUGAGUGGCUAAUUAGAUUUUUUUCGACUGUUACAAAUACGUCGCAUCAGGGUUUUCCGUCAGGAUAAUAAUGUGCGAUAUCUUCCUAGCUUGUUUUAUAUGAAUUCAUUGAAGAAAUACAAUAAGAAAAGUAGAAUUGCAAUAUAUUUGACACUCCAGUAAAGCGUAGGAAAUGAUGAAUGUCUUUGUCACAACCUUUUAAUGACAAAAAAUAGCUUUCAGAAAUGGGCUAGCUUACCUGACACAAAUGAAUUUUGAGGAUGCCAUAUUCCGGCUGGGAUAGUCACAUGAGUAUGUCUACGUGUACAGGGCACCGUUUAGGACAUUUAACAAGCGUUUGCGGGUUGUGAAUGGUUACGUUUGAAACAGUAGGUUGCCUAUGAAUUGUCGUAAAAAAAAGUACAAAGAAUAAGCAAUGUUGUAGUGUGUAUAAAAUGAAACUGAAUGAUGAUUUUGUUACACACCGUAUGCUGUGACAUUGUUGUGAUCAAUAAAAAAUAUAUAUUAUUGCCUUUUGUACAUGUUGGUUUAAAUAAAUACAUCGGAAAGUGACUAAAAAAUAAAAUAUAUAUUUUUUAAGACAGACAAUUUAACAUUCACGUUUCACUUUCCUAUUUGUCACACAUUUUCUAUUGUGUGUUUAUUUGCUAGUGUCGAGAGGCAGCUGAGGUCAUGUGACAGAGCAUCACGUGGAGAGAUUUAAGCUUAAAUAAAGAUUGAAUAUGCCACGUUGAUGACCAAAUGAUGCAUUUUCCAACUACUCUGAACAAUAUGUCUAAAAAUACUUGUUUAUUAUCUUUCUGAAAAAUGUUUGCAUAAUUUAUGUUGAUUUGCACAGGAAAUUUCACUUUCUGUCAUGCCUUUUUUUCUUUUUAAAGUAAAAAAGAAAAAUGA